GGCGCAUCUGUCACUCGACCUUCCCCGUCGACGUGCACCUUGUAGCUGGCGGCGAUGCAACCCGUUCCUGCUGAUCAUCAAGUGAGGUGCAAACGCUUCAGCAGACAAAUAUCAAUGACUAUGGCUUAGUGGCCGAUCAUUUCUCUCUGGGUUGCCGGCUCUCAUGGUCUCCGGCUUAAAAAGCGGCGGGUGGGGAGCGUACAUCCUCCAUCCAGCUGCGCUCUCAGCCCUGGCCUGCACUCUUUUCCAAAGCUCGCGACCACAUCUGCGUCAGAUAUAGCCUUCGCUCGACACGUUCAUUCCAACAUGAUCACCAAGGGCGUCGACGCCAACCAGAUCGCCACCGAAUGGCUCGCUGGUCUUGACAAAGCUGCAUCUGCUGGAGAUGUCGAGCAGUUCACACAGUGCUUCCUCCCUGACGGCUGGCUACGCGACAUCCUCUGCUUCUCAUGGGACUUCCGUUCUAUCGAGUCCCGCACCGGCAUCGCCUCCUACCUCAUUGAAACCCUCGCAGGAUCUACACGUCUCGCAGCCGUCGGCCUGCACGAUCUCACACUCGACACCUCCAGCACCCUCAAACCCUCUGCGUUCCCCAUCCCAGGCGCUGAAGGUGCAUUGGGCAUCCAAGGCGCGUUCCGUUUCACGCUGCGCGACCCUGCGGCACGGGGUCGGGGCUUUUUCCGCCUUGUGCCCUCACAAGAAGGAUACAAGGCGCUCGCUGUGUAUACGGCGAUGCACGAGCUGGUUGGGCACGAGGAACCGACGGAGCGGCCGAGGGGUAUUCCGCUGGACGCGACGAGGAUGACGACGUGGGAAGAGGACAGGGCGGCUGAGGUUCAGGCGAUCGAAGACGAUCUUACGGUCCUCAUUGUCGGCGGCGGCCAGUGCGGCUUGAUGGCCGCUGCGCGCUUCCGACGCAUGGGAAUCCAUGCGCUGAUCAUUGAAAAGACGCCUCGCGUCGGUGACGUGUGGCGAAACCGCUACCCGACGCUCUCGUUGCAUAUCCCUGCGCAUCCCAGCUCGUUCCUUUACCAGUCCUACCCCAAGAACUUUCCCGAGUAUAUCGGCCGCACGAAGCUCGCCGAUUUUAUGGAGUCCUACGCAAUUCAGCAGGAGAUCACCAUCUGGACGUCUUCAAUCAUACAGUCCAACACUGUCCCUGUCUUUGACCCCGAGAUGAAGCGCUGGACCGUGGUGGUCAAUCGCGCGGGUAAUAAUGUCACGUUGAACCCGAAGCACCUCAUCCUGGCCAUGGGUAGUGGCAAGCCGCAUAUCAUCCGGCUCCCCGGCCAGGAGAAGUUCAAGGGUGAAGUAUAUCAUUCCGACUUCCACCUGGGCGCAAAGAAGUACAGAGGAAAGAAGGCUGUAGUCAUUGGCGCUGGCAACGCCUGUGCCGACAUGUGUCAAGACUUCGUCUCCAAUGGUGCAGCGUCUACGACGCUCGUGCAGCGCUCCGCAACGUGUCUCACCUCACUCAAGACGUCUACUGCACAGAUAACGGGAAACUACCCUGAGGGAUGCGACCUCGUUGACGCAGACCUGUUCGCGAACUCGCUUCCGCCACGUCUCGCCGUCAAAUUGAGCGCGGCGCGCAUCGGCGAAGUCAAGAAGGCGGACGCGGAGCUGCAUCAGGGUCUGCGGGACAAGGGAUUCGAGCUGACGUGGAAACACAAGGGCGUCGAGGCGGGUACCCUCCUCUUCAUAUAUGAGAAGUUUGCUGGGAGCACGUUACUUGACACCGGUAUCGGCAAUCUUAUUGUUGAUGGACAUGUCAGCGUUAAACAGGGCGUCGAACCCUCGCACUUUGAGGAGAAUGCCAUCGUGUUCAACGACGGGUCCAAGCUAGAUGCAGACGUCGUCGUGCUCUGCACCGGCAACCAGCCGAUCAUGUCGAACAUCGAAGCACUGAUGGGCCCCGAGAUUUCUGCCAAGAUCGGCGCUGUAUGGGGGCUUGACGGUGCAGGAGAGCUGCGCAGGGCAUGGAGACCGACGGGCCAACAGGGCUUGUGGAUUUUUCCUGGUGGGUUCGGGCACGCGCGAUACUAUUGCCGUUUUCUCGCGCUGCAGAUCCAGGCGGAACUGUUGGGCGUCAAGGAACCGACGCCUGGGUAUCCCGUCGCGUGAACUCUUGGGAUUGUGGGGUAUGCGCCUGGGACUGGUGGUCGACGCAGAACGUUAUACCUGGACCGAGGCUGACAGGCGUCACUUGUAACCAUGUAUACCUGCUGAUUCAAUUCAUUUC